AUUGUCAGUGAGACCCUCAAGAAUUCUGUCAUCGUUGUGCCGCAUAAAGACGCGGAUUCGCUGGAAGUCGGGCUCGACGGAAGGAAAAGAAGGAAGAAGUGAAUUUUUGUGAGGAGUCGUUCCGAGAUCCUGGAGAUGACACCGAUCUCUUACAGCAAGGAUCUACCUAUCCGUGAGCUGGUGCUCCUGGCCAGACACGCGAGCCGAGUAUCGGGCUUCCUCACCCUCAAGAUCCUGGCGGAGUUUUUCCCGAGUCUUGACAUGAAAACCAACUUGUGCAUCCUCGAGAAGUUGCUCGAUUCCCAACAUAUCAGAAGAACCAGGCGCGGAUAUUACACGUUUGUGGAUUCUGGGGAAGAUGUCGAAACUCGCGAGCUUAAGGAGGAGCUCGAAGUCUUGGCCAACGCGAAGAAACACAUACUCGAAAGAGUGCGGGUGAAUAUACCAAUGAGUCUCUUCAAAGGGAAUGGUACCGGAGGCAUAGACAUGGAAUGGGAGAACAAUACUCGUUUGAAGCCACCGUCGUACAACGUAACCUUCAUGCCGUUAGAGGCAGUUUUCUAUUGCAUACUCUCGGUUGGCGACGUGACUUUCCGAUCGUACCCCACGCUGUGUCUUACGAAGAAAAGAGCCACACAAGUCGCUGCUGAAAAAGCAGUGGCCUCCUUCGGAAUCACUGCCAGCAUGGUCGGGGAGCACAAGUUUCCGAAACCGGAGUGUCUCAAAUCGGGUGCUUAA